CAACUUGUCCUCCUGCCAUGUUUGUUCGUUUUGUCUCACUGAUUGAUAAAUGCAUAUUCGAUACUUAGUGUGUGUUGUUACCAACCAACUAUAUGUGAUGAUCACAAGUACAUCAAUCAAAGUCAUUUCGUCAAAUGGUUUGUCAAGGUACUACGACAGAAUGCUAACCAGAGAAGAACGAAUCGCUGCUGUUCCUGCUCGUCUUCGUGGAAUGACGUAUGAACAGGCAUGGACAGACUUUGCCCAUCAAUUCCGGAAAACAGGCUUGCUAUCGAGACCGUAGUGAAUAAAUUCCAGCGUACUGGUAGUGUUGCAGAUGAAGAACAUCCAAGUAGGCUGGCCAUAAUGCCAGACACUGUACAAAGUGUGCAGGAUGCGAUCACACGUAGCCUUUCCGCACCUACCAGGAGACUUAGUAGGGAGCUUGGUAUUCCUCAAACCACUGUAUGGAGAGUUCUCCGUUACAAGCUGCACAAACGUGCGUACCAUAUCCAGAUCGUACAUAAUCCUGAAGCGGAGGACUACGCAGCCAGACAAGCUGUGUGUCAUGAGCUGCUACAAGCUGUGGAAAAUGAUAAUUUGAUGCAAAAUGUCUUGUUCAAUGAUGAAGCUAUAUUUCAUACCUGUGGACAUGUGAACAGACACAACUGCAGGAUCUGGGCAGACAAACAACCUAGUGUGCUGCAGGACUGGCAACGGGACACAGCAAAAGUGAAUGUGUGGUUAGGGAUGACGAGGUCAACAGUGUACGGGCCCUCCUUCUCCACAGAACAAACAGUUACUGGAACCACACAACUAGAUAUGUUGGAACAGUUUUUGGGCCCCAGUUGAUAUCUGAUGGGAUUAUGGAUACUGUUGUUUUUCAACAGGAUGGUGCACCACCCCAUUUUGCCCUCAUUGUUCGGGAUUAUCUGAAUCAAGCAUUUCCUGGCAGAUGGAUUGUUCGUGCCUCUCCACGGAUGUGGGCACCCCACUCUCCUGACUUGACACUCUUAGACAUUUUUGCAUGGGGGCUUAUCAAGUCUAAGGUAUACCAGCUGAAGAUCCGCAGCACUGAACACUUAACACAGUGGAUUCGAGCUGCAGUUGCUGAGAUUACAUCAGAUAUGCUUGGGCAGGUUUUUCAGUCUACA